AUGGAGAAUCUUCCCUCAAAUGGAAGAAAGGCAAUAGAAGAAGAACUAAUCAAAGGGCGUGACAUAGCAAACCAGUUACUUGAAGUACUUGUUCUUAAAUCCAACACUCGUCAUCAUGCAGAUCUUGAAGGGUCAAUGCUUCCAUUUGCUGAAGAUCUCGUGCGCAAGGUGCUGUGUUCUUUUACAAACACCCUCUUGCUUUUGAACACCGAUCAUUGUUAUUCCUCCAACCAUGCUGUUAUUCCUAUCCUUACCAAAGAUGCCCAUUUCCAAAACCCUGACCACAUCAAGGAUGAGCCUUGCAAAAGCUUCUUCCAUCCCAGAAAAAGAAGAGGGUGCUACAAGAGAAAAUCAAGUGUACCAACAUGGGAGACAAACAACUCAAUUCUUAUGGAAGAUGGCUAUGAGUGGAGAAAGUAUGGACAAAAGAUAACAAUGAAUGCAAAAUACCUAAGGAACUACUAUAGAUGCACUCACAAAUAUGAUGAGGGUUGUCCAGCAAUCAAACAGGUUCAGAGAAUUCAAGAGGAACCACCAUUGUACAGGACAACAUAUUAUGGCCAACACAAUUGCAAAGGUUCUUUAAGUACAGAGAUAAUGUUUGAAACAGCUUCUUCUUCUGAGUCUCCCAUGUUUUUUAGCUUCAGUAGCCCUUUCCAAUCCAAGGAACAAUACCAAUUACAUUCAUCCUCAGUUUUUCAAUCAGCAAAACAGGAGCCUCUGGAAGUGAUUCCAGAUGAUGAUCAUGUUGUUCACAAGCAGUUACACUCAUCAGAUUACCACCUGUUAUGUGAGUAUGAGUCUGAUUUCAAUUAUUCCAGACAUGGUACUAUGCUAUCAUCUGCAGAAUCGGUUCUAUUAGUUAAUGGGAAUAGUUUGCAUUUUGAUGGCUAG